UCGUAUUGUAUAAUAUUUCUCGUUUUUGAUUUAUUAAGAUAGCAAAUGUAGUUCAAGUCUUCAGAGAUCUUCAGGAAAUUUCUGUAACCACUGCUAUUUCCCAUCAGGUUCAAAAAUCUUCUAUUGUCCUUUGAGGCCUCAGUACAGCACACAAUUAUAAAGGAGAUACAAACUAUGAAGAAGACUUUGAUAAUUUCCUUGACGUAUAAUCCCCUCAUAGCGUUCUUGAAGGAUAAAAUUUUACAGCUCUUAUCAAAUUACUAAAUAUAUCGGCGUGAACUAAUCAUAAUAAACAAGCGGGAAAAGUUACGUAUUAUUAUGAGAAUUUUGUACAAGGCAUAUUUUCAGAGAAUCAAGUAUUGCAUUGCCUCACUAUUUCAUAUCGAGAUUUUGCAGAAAUGUACAUCACAGCUAUCAUGAGAGACUACGACACUCGUUGUACGAAAUAUGCAGCAAACACGCAAGAACUCAAUAAUUUAGUGCUCUACAAGCGAAUAAAUAUCUGUAUACAUUUUUCCGUUGCUAUUUUCAGGUCUGCACACAUUGUACCUCUCACCUCUGCGCACGAUUUAAAAGGUUUGAGAUGCAUUGUACUGUUGAAGCUGAUCUUCAUUUCUUUAAACACCAGGUUUGCUACGCUUGGUGACACUUCUUUUAUACCAUGGAGAUACAUUUUUAUGAACAUACAACAUGUUAUUCGCGAGUGA